ACAGUUAUAAACAAAACACAGUAGGCAUAAGUCGAUGCUCAAAGGUGGAUACGAAUUGAACGUCAUUUAAGAAUUGAGUGUAUGCUAAAACAUGUCGGUACCUUUCUGCAACACGCACCUGCGGAUCCCGCGAGGGUUUGGGACCCUCCUGGAGGGCUUGGCCCGGGAGGUCCUGCGGGACCAGCCCAAAGACAUACCUAAAUAUGCCGCACAGUAUUUCUCUGCUCUUCUCAAGCAAAAAGAGGACAGUGGAAUGGACCCAGCUGAGUGGGAAGCUAAACUUGAAGACAUGUACCACAACAAUGCAUUUAAGGCUCCUGGGGCUAUUCCUGAAAAAUAUCCUGCAACAGAAGUGAUGAUGUCCAACGAGCAAUCAAAGGAUCACCUAACAGAAGAUGAAUCCAGUUAUUCGGGAGAAACCUUCGAUCUUUCUACAACACAAGGCACAAGCAGAGAAGAACUUGAUUUAACAGCAAGCACAGAAGGAUAUGAGGAAAAAGAUGACAUCAUGGAGAAACACGUUUUUUUACCGGAAAAGGGAAUUUCAGAAGAGGAAACAGUCAUUGUGCUCCCAGCUGGAGAUUGUUUGAACAGAACAGAAGAAAAGGACCCAACAACUAAUACAUUUGAUCACGUUGACAGGGCAGCUGUGGCCUCAGAUCAAGAUAUGCCCCAGUCAGAGUUAUUGCCCACUGACGUGUCAUCAUUCAGAGCGAUUAUGAACAUGGAUGUGUGUGCUCAGGAUUUGAGAAUGGCAGAAGAUGACGGAGGUGAUCAACAAGAGACUGGAGUGGUAAAUGAGGAAAUUAUAAACUCAGAAGGACUGACAUAUACUGACAGUGAAGCUAAAGUGGAAGUCCUCCCGCAUGCCGGACAAGCUGAUGUGGAUGUGUGUGCUACCGAGCUUGGAGCAACAGAAAGAACAAUUGAAGGAGACAAUGCUGAAUAUGAUGAAGACAGUUCAAAUCCCCAACCUGAAGACACAGUUGAACAAUCAUCUUUUGAAACUCCUGACCGCAAUCAACAUGAAUUUAAAGGUCAGGUCGAAAAAGAAAAUGCGGAAGAAACAGAGACUGAGACUUCUCCCGGGGAAAUAACUGAAGGUUCAGCUCAUCGUAAGGGUCCUUUAAUUAAUAAUGCUGAACCAAAAGAGGAUUCAUUGGUUGAGAUAAGCUUAGAUGAUGUUCCAGAAGAUCCGCAAAUUAAUGAUGAGUUUGAGGAUAAACAGCAAGAUGAAGAGGUCUCACAAGACAAUGUAUUAGAAACGCACCUGGAGGACGAGUCCAAAGAAGUUACUUUAUUGUCAACAGACAAACAUAUAUCUGGCACACAAGACCAAGAUGAAAUUGAAAUGACCGGGGUUAAAAAAGUCAUUAAUUCUGAAGGGGGGCACAUGAAAAGUCAGCAGGAAGAAUUUCAUAUGAUGAAAGAGAGGGUGGACACAAAUUACUCUAAUUUAAAUGAUAGUGAUGACGAGAAGCUCAAACGUGUUAGAACUGGCUCAUCACAUCGGCCCACCACCAAGGCAGGUGAAGAAAACCCAGAGGAUGAAACUGAUCAGAAUGAACAUAAUGAGAAGAUAAUGAAAGGCAAAUUUCAUCAGAAUGAGGAUAUGGAAGAGGACGCAGAGUCAAGCAACCCUUACUACAAAGAAGAUGAGACUGCAGGCAUUGUUGGAGGAGACAAUGGGGACAUAAAUACAGAAGGUUAUGAUGAAGUGGAGGAUCAUUUGUUUGGAGUCACUGGGUCAAAUGUAUCAACUGCUGCAACGGAGGUGGAAACUUUAGAGGCAAGUGCACAACAUCUAUUAGAGGAGGACGAGGAGGGUCAGAGGACACCUGCUGAGCCACAGCCGGAGAAUGCAGUGGUAGAAAACGAGGUCACAUCAAAGGAGAUAAGUUCAAAAGAAAGGGACCUUGUAGAAGAAGGAAACAUUGAUUCUGAAAUUGAAAAGAAGAAUAAUGCAAUGUGUGAUGAAGGCAGCAGCAUCAUCCCCACUGAAAGUGCAGACUGGCCGGCUGCAAGUCACCAAGGAGAGGAACAGACACUUGAAACGAUUGGUGACAAGGUAACGUUUUAUGCUUUCUUCUCAAUGCGAAAUACAUGCACCGUCGCAGCUCACCACAUCUCCUCCACUCGUAUCAGAAGACAGAGAGUAACUGUUCACACAAUUUUAUACUGUUUCCCUUCCUGUCUCAGGUAGCGUAUAUUAAUAAAAGCGUCAAAGCCGAGUCAGAUCAACAGUGGCCCUCACUCUUUCUCCCCUGGACUAUCUAGGAGUAGGCGAUUGAAAAUAUCCCAGAUAUUAGUUCAUGUUUUUGGCGAGUUAUUGUUCUGUUAAAUUUGAAAGUCAUAGAGGGGGGUUCACAAUAGAAAUCUCUUUAGUGCAGAAAUCUUAGUCUCAGUGUCUAAAUUGCUGCUGUGUCUUGGUUUAAUACAGGCGUAUUAGAGAUGCUGUUUGAGGCCUUUGAUCUGCUGCAUGCUCAUAAAACUGUAUACUUAGCCUUUGUUAGUGGCUGAUCUCCUCUCCUCUUGGGAGCCACCACAUCCUCCACAGAUUGAAACUUGAUUCAGUAAUCCAUCAUCAUAAAAGACUUUACGGACUAUUUGUCUUGUGAGUUAAGGCCUUUAACAUUUUUACUGCCGUCACAGUUAGCCCUGUCUGAUUCGUCUGGACCAACUAGGCUCCAAACAAACAGGGAAGGGAGUGUAGGAAGAGGUACUGAGGAUAUUACCAUGGCAACCCCUCACCAUCAGGAUCUCUUUGUGUCGUCAUGGAAUUAAUGGGAGAUGCUGAUGCUGAUAGUUGCUAGGCAGCGUCUGUAUCAGUUAUCUACCUUUAAUAUCAGUUUUUUUUAAACAAGGAAUUACAUUCUUUCCUUCAGUAAGUGCUUUUUGUAUACUCUUGCUUAAUGGCAGAAAU